CGAAUCCAAACUCACACGGCUUUUGCAAGACUCCCUUGGUGGCAAGACAAAGACCUGCAUCAUCGCUACUAUUUCCCCCGCUCAAUGCAACCUUGAAGAGACUUUUUCUACCCUCGAUUACGCCUUGAAAGCAAAGAGCAUUCGCAACAAGCCGGAAGUGAACCAAAAGAUGACACGAAACUCUCUACUCAAGGAGUACAUCGGAUUGAUCGAGUGUCUCAAAGCCGAUUUAUUGGCAGCUCGAGAGAAGAAUGGUAUCUAUAUGUCCAAGGAGUCUUGGGAUGCCAUGUCUUCGGAGCAAACAGCCCUACAACAAUCCCAUCUAGAGGCCAAACAACAGUGCGACACACUCGAGGCCCAAUUGCGGGUCAUUAGAGAAGAGUUGACAGAAUCCCUGGGCAUGUUGAUGAAGCGAGACACCGAAUUGACCACAACAAAGAAGACUCUGGAGACAACCACACAAGAGUUGGCCACUACAUCAGUGAAGUUGGAAGAAGCCGUCACAUUGCAGCACGAAGAGAUGGUGCUCAAAGAAGCUCACAAGGAGACCGAAGAGCGACUUGAUCAA